UAAACAUGAACAUUGAACAAUAAAGUAUUUGAGAGUGUAUUAUAAAAGAUGAUGAGAGAGAGUUGAUGAUCAUCUUGUAACUAUCUUUUGAGGUUCCUAUUCCAAUACUCAAUUUGAUGAUACGAAACCACACAAUCAUGUUGAUAUAGGACCACGGAUUUCCUUUCUUACACUACUAUUAUUAUCUUUUCUGGUACACCAAGGGGACCAUAGUAAAGUAGAAAACAAAACACAAAAACACACGUAUGUGUAUGUGUUAUGUUAUUGCUUAUGAUGUAAUCAUGGUUCUACAUUAGAAUGAAACCUUUAUAUAAAUAUAUAUAUAUAGGUGUUUGUGAAGGAUUGGAAAAAAGAAGAGAACAGAACAAGAGGAAGAAGAAAAAAGGAUGGAAGAGGAAAGUGAGAUGAAAGAAUCAAAGUUUAAGAGGAUUUGUGUUUUUUGUGGUAGCAGUCCUGGGAAUAAGAGUAGCUAUAAAGAUGCUGCUAUUCAGCUUGGAAAAGAAUUGGUGUCAAGAAACAUUGAUUUGGUUUAUGGAGGAGGCAACAUUGGUUUAAUGGGAUUGAUAUCUCAAUCUGUUUAUGAAGGAGGUCGACAUGUUAUUGGGAUAAUUCCGAGGACAUUAAUGUCAAGAGAGAUAUGUGGAGAGACAGUGGGGGAAUUGAAGGAAGUGGCAGAUAUGCAUGAAAGAAAAGCUGAGAUGGCUAAACAUUCUGAUGCAUUUAUUGCCUUACCCGGUGGCUAUGGGACACUUGAAGAGCUUCUUGAAGUCAUAACUUGGGCUCAACUUGGCAUCCAUGAUAAACCAGUUGGGUUGUUGAAUGUAGAUGGAUUCUACAAUUCUUUGUUAUCUUUCAUUGACAAAGCUGUGGAAGAAGGUUUCAUUUGCCCUAAAGCUCGACAUAUAAUUGUAUCUGCCCCAUCAAUAAAAGAACUUGUUAAAAAGAUGGAGGAAUAUUCUCCGCAACACGAAAGAGUUGCAUCUAAGUUAAGCUGGGAAAAUGGACAGUUGGAUUAGGCAUCAGAUCAUUACAUCUUAAAUUGUGGUUAUUACAUGAUAAUAGAGUUUUGCUAAGCCAUAGUUUUUUUUUGUGUAUGCUUUUGCAUUUUUAUUUAUUUAUGUUGAUUAGUAUAAAACAACAUAAUUACUGACUUAAUCUAACUGUGAUAACUAGUUACUAUGUUAAAUAUGAAUUUUAAAACUGAAUUAGUUUAAGAUU